AUGGAGAGGCUCAACGAAGGGGAGCAUGUUAACUCUGCUUAUGAUUGCACACUGGAUGAACCUCCCGUGUAUGAUGAGGCCAACUUCUCCAACGGGGAGCACCGAACGGUCCGGCCCUCGGUAAUCAGUGCCUUUGGUCACGAUACUUUGGACCGAUUGCCGAGCAUUGACUUCUAUCGCAAUGCAGGCAGUGUGAGCGGCCACCGGGCUGUGCGACCGUCCCUGCAGGAGCUCCACGAUGUGUUUCAGAAGGUGAGUAAUGGAACGAUCUCUGUGCCAGACACUGUGGAGGACGAUGAAGAGGGGAGUGAUGGGACCCCCUCUGAUGAUCUGGAGUCUGCCGUUCCCACUGAAAAAGGAGGAAUAAAGUUUGGCUGGAUAAGGGGCGUCCUGAUAAGAUGCAUGCUGAACAUCUGGGGUGUCAUGUUGUUCAUCCGUCUGUCCUGGAUUUUUGGUAACUCAGGCUGGGGUCUGGGAAUUGUGGUUAUUAUUCUCAGCUGUGUUGUCACCACCAUCACUUGCCUUUCCAUGUCUGCCAUUUGUACCAAUGGUGUGGUCAGAGGAGGAGGAGCCUACUACUUGAUAUCUCGCAGUUUGGGACCAGAGUUCGGCGGGUCGAUUGGUAUAAUCUUCGCCUUUGCUAAUGCGGUGGCUGUAUCCAUGUAUGUAGUGGGAUUUGCUGAGACCGUGGUCGAUUUGCUCAAGGAGAAUGAUGCCAUCAUGGUGGAUACAAUAAAUGACAUCAGAAUUGUUGGAUGCAUUACGGUGGUGUUGCUGUUGGCCAUAUCAGUUGCUGGAAUGGAAUGGGAGGCCAAGGCACAGAUUCUUCUACUCGUUAUCUUGCUGGCGGCCAUAGUGAACGUAUUUGUAGGAACAGUCAUUCCUGCAACCAUUGAGCAGAAAUCCAAAGGCAUCUUCAAUUAUCAAUCGAACAUCUUUUUAGAGAAUUUUCCUCCAGAUUUUAGAGAGGGUGAGAGCUUUUUUUCAGUGUUUGCCAUCUUUUUCCCUGCUGCAACCGGGAUCCUGGCUGGAGCCAACAUCUCUGGCGACUUGCGGGAUCCCCAGGCAGCCAUACCUAAAGGUACCUUGCUGGCCAUCCUGAUAACUGGUAUCACCUAUGUAGGCGUGGCCCUCUCUGUCUCUGCCACUGUUGUCCGCGAUGCGACAGGAAACAUCACUGACUAUAUCAACAGUUCAAUAACAUGCAAUGGUUCAUCAAUUGCUGCUUGUGAGCUCGGCUUUGAUUUCUCUUCCUGCGCGAAAGAAAAAUGUGAAUUUGGCUUGGCGAACACCAAUCAGGUGAUGACCAUGGUAUCUGGGUGGGGUCCCCUCAUCAUUGCUGGAACAUUCUCAGCCACCCUUUCAUCAGCUCUGGCUUCCCUUGUCAGUGCUCCCAAAGUCUUCCAGGCACUGUGUAAAGACAACAUCUACAAGAUCCUGCACGUCUUCGCCAAAGGAUAUGGCAAGAACAACGAGCCAAUCCGUGGCUAUAUCCUCACAUUCUUCAUUUCUGUGGCCUUCAUUCUCGUUGGUAAUCUCAACACCAUCGCUCCUAUCAUCUCAAACUUUUUCCUGGCAUCUUAUGCUCUCAUCAAUUUCUCCUGCUUCCAUGCUUCCUACGCCAAGUCUCCAGGUUGGAGACCAGCAUAUAAAUACUACAACAUGUGGCUAUCUCUGUUGGGCGCUGUGCUCUGCUGUGUUGUCAUGUUUGUUAUCAACUGGUGGGCUGCUCUUCUUACAUACGCCAUUGAAAUCCUACUCUACAUUUAUGUCACAGUCAAGAAGCCAGAUGUGAACUGGGGUUCGUCCACGCAGGCUGUGACAUUUGUGAGUGCAGUCAGCAACACUCUGUCUCUGUCUGGUGUAGAGGAUCAUGUCAAGAACUUCAGGCCUCAGAUCUUAGCACUGACAGGUUCAGCGCGGGCCAGACCAGCUCUCCUGGACCUGGCUCACUCCUUCUCUAAGAAUUAUGGACUCUGUCUCACCUGUGAAGUGUUUGUGGGCCCGAGAUCAGAGGCCCUCGAAGAGAUGAACGCUGGCAUGGAGAAGAACCAGCUGUGGCUGAGGAAGACCAAACGCAAGGCCUUUUACUCUGCUGUGGCCUGUGACAGCUUCAGGCAAGGGACUGAGAGCCUGCUGCAGGCUUCUGGUCUGGGCCGUUUGAAGCCAAACACAUUAAUGAUGGGCUUCCAGAGAAACUGGAGGACUGCAGGCACAGAGUCAGUGCAGAGUUAUGUGGGAAUACUUCAUGAUGCAUUUGACUUUGAGUACGGGACAGUGAUACUGAGGAUCAACGAGGGACUUGAUGUGUCGCACAUUGUCGAAGCUGAAGAGGACAUGCUAAAGGCAGCAAAGGAGCAACAGGCCCUGGACAGGGAGAUGAUGUCUAACGGAGGGAAAGCAAGAGGACUGUUCAGGAAGCCCAAGAAAUCAUCUCAGCAAGUGCUCGCGACCAGAGUGUCAGUGUGCAGCCCUCCGCCCCCGCAAGUUGCCAAGAUGAAUGAGAGGCUGUUAGAGGCCAGCUCUCAGUUCAAGAAGAAACAGCCUAAAGGGACCAUUGAUGUGUGGUGGCUGUUUGACGAUGGAGGUCUCGCCCUGCUGCUCCCCUACAUCCUCACUACCAGGAAGAAGUGGAAAGAUAGUAGAUUAAGGAUCUUCAUCGCAGGGCAACCUGGACGCACUGAGCAGGAUAAACAAGAGAUGAAGUCUCUGUUGCAUAAUUUCCGAAUUAAAUGCACCGACAUCAAUGUCAUUGAUGACAUCCAUGUCCAACCCAGUUCCAACAGCUUUAAGAAGUUAGAGGACAUGAUUGAACCUUUCUGUCUGCAUGAGGGGUCUAAAGACACUGCCCAGGCUGAAGCCAUGCGAAAAGAGCAGCCUUGGAAAAUCACUGACGAAGAGCUGAGCACCUUUGAGGAGAAGACCAACCUCCAGGUACGACUGAAUGAGUUGCUUCAGGAAAACUCCAAAUCAGCCAAUCUGAUUAUUGUGAGCAUGCCCAUUGCUCGUAAGGAAUCUGUCUCUGAUUAUCUCUACAUGGCCUGGCUGGACACUCUGACAAAGGACCUUCCACCCACCCUGCUCAUUAGAGGCAACCACAAGAGCGUGCUUACGUUCUACUCCUGAGCACCGUGCAGGCUACAGGUAGUUAGUUAAACAAUAACUUGCACUCUGUGAAGUUUCAGCCAGCUUGCCAGCAAAGGAGCCUUACAUUGUGCUACACUGUAUGGCUACCAGUGUAAACGUUUAAUGCUGUGAUGCACUCAGAGUUCUGUAUGAAUGCUGUCAGUGAGAAACAAGAAUAGUCUCCAUAGAGAAAAAUGCAUUUCUGAGAUUGAAUUUGUAAAUGUCAGACAGUCUGAAUGUGAAUAUAGGAGCAGAGGUGAGGUUUUAAGCUCUUUGCAACAAUGGACAAGUAAGGACAUAACGGUAUAUUACUCAGAUAUUAUUAUAUGCAUAGAACAGAAACAAAAAGUUCAUAUUUUGGGGUUUUGGGAACACGUCCUUCUAGUUCCAUCAAAUCAGUCCCAUGAACAAAGGCGGAGACAGAGGCUGAGAUAUAUGGUUGGGAUCAAUUGUUAAACUGAGUGACUUUGUUACCUGCUGCAUUGAUUGUAUAACAUAGUUUUGUACAUAGUAGAUAUCUCAAUUCACUAGUGGAUAUUUCUGAGCAAAAAACCCUUUCUUUCAUAAAUGAUUAUUAGCAUCUGUUCUUUUAAAGUAUGGUAGUAAUGGUUUGAUUCUUUUUAAACAUUCCUUGAUAUUCACUAAGUGUAAAAUACAACUGUUUACCUGUUCCACAUUAUGUUACUAUCACAGCACACCUUUUGUAGGUAAAUUUAGUAAAAAAAAAAAGAUUUUAAAGGGAUCUCUUCUGUAUAUUUUUAACUUUUGUCUGUAUUUAAAUAUGUAAUUGUGAUAACCUGAAAUAAAGAUUUAGUGCAAAUGUAA